AUGGACGCCUGCUCCGGUUACGGAGGAUCCGCUGGACGGACCAUUGAGAGCUCAUCCUCCUUCAACGUACUCGCAUGUCAAAGGCCGAGGUCCCGUCGCAGGGCGCGUGCCUGUCCGUCCGCUCUUUUAAGUAUCGUCGGUAAGCCCAUCGACCACCUUCUUUCCCCCGUCGCGCCCCCUCUUGUUCCUCCUCACUCGAUCCGUCUCGAAGCCUGGUGCUUUCGAUCUCGCUCCUCCACUCUCCUUUGGCCAGGUCGCCACCUCCUCCUUGAUUCGUUUAGCGGGACUGGCUCCCCUACUUUUGGCAUCGUUGACCGCCCGUCUGUCUCGACCCCUGACCGUCAAUUGUGCGACCACGACGACUUCACGAAGCGGCAUCAUCUCUGCAGGAACAGCUUCUUCCAAGACCGGCAUCAAUCAAUCGAUUCAAUGAUCGUACCGCGAAGCGACAUGUCCACCUCCAGCAUCGCCCUGACCCGCGCUGCUGCCGCCUGCUCGGGCGAAAUCGCGGUUGAGAAGCCGGAAAGCCUGAUCGGCGCCUCGAAUGGCCUGCCGUCCGGUUCAGGAUGCGCCAAGCUGCCAUCUGGCUGGCUGCAGCACGGCUACGUCGAGUUCGACGACAGCGACACCUCCUCUGACGGCGACGAGGACUCCGACUCCGACUGUGGCAGUUUCAGCAGCCAGGACAGCGAUGACACGAUCGUCUCGGACGAAGUCACGACCGGUCUGUCGGACGAGUCAAGUCCGCGGCCGCCUGAAACGUCAGCAUCCCAUGUCAUUCGGAUCGCCUUCACCGGACCGCCGUCAGGGGUCAGUCUGCAGCGUCCCGGAUGUACACCGCGCGGAGCAAGGGCAUUGCCGACCGCGCGUCAGUCUCCCAAGGUGCGCUGGGACGAGCGCAGCCUGAUCAAGCCUGUUCCUAUCGCGCCGCUGCGCUCGCUCAACCUCGACGUGCCGCUGCGACGACACUCGAUCUCCGCAUCUCUGACGCUGCGGCAUGCCGCCGCUCUGCGUGCCUUUCAGCUGAAGCAAGAGGAGCGAGAGCUCGCGAGGCAUCGGGCGGCUAUGGCGACGGCAUCACGCUCGCGGCUCGACGAACAGUACGACAUCGUUGGCAUCACGUCGUACCCCAGACCCGCUCCGCCGUCCGUACUGUUUCGCACUUCGCGUCAAGGUCGUCAAAGGUCGGCCGGGGACACAUGUAGGCCACAAUCGAGACAGGAUCUCGCCGUCGAAAUCGCAGCCCUGGACGGCCCUGGUGGCAGCGCAGGCCAUGUACGCUCGAGAUCUCACGAGGCGGACAGCGAUCAUGGUGUUGCGAUGCCCCUGCCAGCGCUCUGUGAGGACGAGCGCCAUCGCGCGGGUUUGCACCUCCUGCGCACGCUUGGCCAACCGGAUCAGUCACAGCUACGGACGAAGGUGGCGCCUCCUGCCAACUCGACGCGCAAGGUCAGCCGCCAUAGGAGGCCGCCGUCGCUCGACGAGAUCACACUCCGUAUCGGUGGCGGGCACAUCAACGCGACCGGUGAUGCUGGUGUCACGGGCGGGCGCGGCAGGAGGAGUGGCUGCCUAGGUCAGCGUCCUCGGUCAGCCAGCUGUCCAUCACCCGUCAUCGGAGACCCGACAUUGCGCGAAGUUGUCGAGGUCUUUGUGACGCCGCCGACGCCACGGCCAGAUGACGUCGACCAUCGUGUCCACGGCGUCGUGCUGCUGCGUUCGCCCGGUUCCGCUCCGCUGCAGACUAGGCAGAGCUUCCUGGCAGCGCCGGCCUUCGACGUUGCUCCUGGUCGAACCAAGGCCUUGGAGGAGAGCCAGCGGAUGAUUGACCAGCUUUCGCUGUUGGUCGCGCAGCAACAGGGCUUUCUCCUGCAGAGAUCAGGCGUCAGCGCUCAGACUGGCCAGGCCACUGCCCCGGCCGAAGCGGAUUGUGAGCUACCGCGUCAGGAUCCCAACGGCUCGAACGUAGGAAACGAUCGCGACGCUUCGCUUCUCACCCUGCCUAACGACUGCAUGGCACAACGGACCUGCAACCGUCCAGCCAAUGCAGACGAGCAGCGGACCGGCUGUGCCGUCCCAAAGUACGUGGCGCCUGGCCGGCGCGGCUACGGCCAGGCUGGCAAAGGCUUUCCAUCCACCUCGAUGCGGCGUGCAGCGCCGCAGAGGCAGGUUAGCUUGAAUCAGAUGUUGGGUUCUGUCUCGGCCCGGGCUUCCCUGGGUGCCAUGAUGGGCUACGGAGUGAACGCCGACAAGCUGAGGGGCUCUCACACACCGACGCAGCACGCUCACACCGAGUCGGGCGCCAUGGAGUGCCGGCGCGCCACCGUCCGCCAAUCGAUGCUAGAAAGGCUGGAGCUGCGCCGUAGGAGCAGCAGCGUCGUGUCCCAUGCCGCUCGUUGA